AGAAGAAAACACCACCUUAGCGGAGUCCCUCUCUCAUUCUCUCUAUCUCCGGCUCUAUGUAGGAGAAUCGAAAGAAACCCUAGUUCUGCACACAAAGCACAAACACUAUUUAACAUCUGUCGAUUUUCCACCUCUUUUUGAUCUUCUGAUUGUAAUUCUGGGAUUCCCGAGGAUUCAUACACAUAGGUAUAGCGGAGCAAGUUGUAGAUUUUUGUAGACGAUUUUAUCAGAUUGGUAUGAAUAUGUACAGGGAUCGAGGGGGAGGGGGCUCAUCUAAGGGCGGUGACGUGUUGGAUCGGAAGCGAAUCAACGAUGCCUUGGACAAACACUUGGAGAAAUCUUCGCCUUCCACCUCCAGGAACAAGGGUUCUGCUGUUGCCGUACCCUCCACCUCUGCCACGGCCGGAAAGCAUAUUGAUCCGCGGGACAACCGAUCUUCAUCCACCCUCGCUGCCAGCAAGAAUAAGCUCUCCGAUGAGGAAUCUGAAACAGAUAGUGAAGAGUCUGAUGUCAGUGGUUCUGAUGGGGAUGAUACAUCUUGGAUUUCAUGGUUUUGCAACUUGCGUGGGAAUGAGUUCUUUUGUGAAGUUGAUGAUGAAUAUAUUCAGGAUGAUUUUAAUCUCUGUGGGUUGAGCAGUCAGGUCCCAUAUUAUGAUUAUGCACUUGACCUAAUUCUGGACGUAGAGUCCUCACAUGGGGAUAUGUUUACUGAGGAGCAGAAUGAAUUGGUUGAAUCAGCUGCAGAAAUGCUCUAUGGCCUUAUUCAUGUCCGGUACAUUUUGACAAGCAAGGGAAUGGCUGCAAUGUUGGAGAAGUACAAGAACUAUGACUUUGGGAGAUGCCCAAGAGUUUACUGCUGUGGACAGCCUUGCCUCCCUGUUGGACAAUCCGAUAUCCCACGUUCAAGCACCGUGAAGAUUUACUGUCCCAAAUGUGAAGAUAUUUACUAUCCUCGGUCCAAAUACCAAGGCAAUAUUGAUGGAGCAUAUUUCGGGACCACAUUCCCGCAUCUCUUCUUGAUGACUUACGGGCAUCUCAAGCCUCAAAAGCCUACACAGAGCUAUGUACCUAGAGUUUUUGGCUUCAAGAUGCACAAACCUUAGACAAACGAGCCUGCAUCACGUGCUAUUGAACUCUUAAUUCUUCUUCAUGCAAAUGGUUCUCAUCUCAUCUGGCCGCUGUGGUGUACAAAUGGGGUGUAAAAAAAGCCAGGUAAAAAGCACAGCAGCGAUUGAUGUGCCAAAAUUGCUCAACUGAUGGAGAAAGCAUCUCUACCUCAUCCAACAAGCAAUUCGUGUUUAAAUUCAGAGAGCAUGUAAGCUUAUUUUUUUUUUUUUUUUCAGGUUGAGAACUGUUGCAAUACUUCUCUCAAUGUAGUUUUUCAUGUGUGCAUACAUACUUAAUCCGCAUUACAAUUUCAUAUGGAGCAGCCUAUCCAGAUUUGGAGGACACUUGUCUGCGAAUAGUCUUUCGCGUAGACCUAAUUAAUAGCUACUACACAUUUGAAUUAUC